AUGGAACUAUUCCGCACAAAUGAUUUUUACAUUUUUGUAAAUGGUGAAUAUUCUUUGUGGUGGGACCGUCAAACCGGAGCUUUUAUACCAAAAACAGAAUGGGAUUUGACUGAUGCUGAUGAUCCUGUAUGUCUUGGUUUAUGUGAUGGAAUUAUAGGAAAAGUAGAACAUGUCCCAUUAUUCGAUCCUCGAUUACUUCUUAUUAAAGAAAGUCUUCCAGUAGGCAAACUUCAUGGAGAUCAUGAAGUAUACAAAAUAAAGUCAGUAGUGUUCCUUCCGUUAAGCCUUGAAAAUGUAGAAAUAAAUUUAUUACCCUGUCGUAAACAUAAAGCCUUAAAUAUAAAACCAAACACCAAUACCAGUUCAUUAUUCGACAUCCAGAAAAAUACAGCUUUUACUAAAACAUGGGGAACACUGAAAAAUGCAGGAAACACCAUAAAAAAUACAACGCAACAGGCGGCUGCAAUGGCAACUGGUGUUCAGAAAAAGAGUAACAUUAAGGAUAAGGAACGGUUUGAGAAGCAAAUCGUUGAAGAGUUCUACAAAAUAUUUAAUGAAACAAAUUCAUUUUAUUAUUCACGUACAACUGAUCUAACAAACUCGUUACAGCGAUUAUGUAAUUUGGAAAAACAUAAUGUAAUUGAUCCACAGGCUUUAUGGAAAACCGUCGAUGACAGAUUUUUUUGGAAUAAACACAUGUUAAAGAGUAUCGUAGAUUCAGAGAAUCCAUUGUGCAAUCCUUGGAUACUUCCCAUCAUUCAAGGGUAUAUUCAAAUAGAAGACUGUAAAGUCGAAAUGGGCAGAGACUUAGGAGAUUUGUCAGAGGGAUAUUAUGAAAUUUUUACUUUAUGUAUUUUAUCCAGGAGAAGCAGAUUUAGAGCGGGAACAAGGUAUAAACGACGUGGUGUCGAUGAAAAUGGAGAAGUAGCAAAUUAUGUAGAAACGGAACAAAUUGUUUCCUACCAAAGUCAUGAGGUUUCAUUCGUUCAAGUCAGAGGUUCUGUUCCUGUGUAUUGGUCACAGCCAGGUUUUAAAUAUAGACCACCUCCUCGAAUUGAUAAAGGAGAGACUGAAACAAAGGCUGCUUUUGAAAAACACUUCAAUAAAGAGGUGCAAAAGUAUGGACCUAUGUGUAUUAUUAAUUUAAUCGAACAAAGUGGCAAGGAAAAAGUGAUAUUCGAUGCUUAUUCACACCAGGUUCUUCAAUAUAAUAGCCCAUUUCUUACAUAUGUUACAUUUGACUUCCACGAAUACUGCAGAGGCAUGCAUUUUGAAAACGUGUCCAUCCUCAUAAACGCAGUCAGUGAUAUUAUAAAGGAUAUGAACUACUGUUGGAGGGACAAGCAGGGGCAUAUUUGUUCGCAGAACGGUGUUUUUAGAGUAAACUGUAUAGACUGCUUGGACAGAACUAAUGUGGUUCAGACGGCUUUAGGUAAAGCUGUCAUGGAGAUACAGUUUUGCAAAUUGGGUUUAGUGUCACCAGAGGGAAGCAUGCCGACAAAUAUUAGAAAUACUUUUCAGCUUCUGUGGGCAAAUAAUGGAGAUAUAAUUAGUAAACAGUAUGCCGGAACAAAUGCUUUGAAGGGUGAUUAUACAAGAACAGGGGAAAGAAAAUUUACAGGAAUUAUGAAAGAUGGCAUGAAUUCAGCUAACAGAUACUACAAAAAUCACUUUAAAGACUCCAUAAGGCAAUGUUGCCUAGAUAUAAUGCAAGGCACAGAGUUAACAGUUGUAGAAAUCCAAGAUAUCUGGGCAUACAUAAGAACAGUAGGCGGUAUCGCAAGCGAAAUCCUUCCUGCUGAUCCACCUUCCCUAGCACCUCACCUAGCCCUUCAGUUAGAAUUUGAUUUUGCCUACGUUUUGUAUCAAAUGUCUAGAUACUACUUAAGUCGCUUUAAGGAUUCAACUCGGCAGGGCACAAUAGACAUGAUGUUAGGUAACUACGUGUCCGAGGAUGAAUUCAAUGAAUCCAAAGCCUCUCAGUACGAGGAGGAUAGCAUAGCGACUGCAGAACACGUUAAAUUACUCAUAGAGGAUUGUAAAAAAAUGUUAAUAAACCAACCUGAACAGGUGGUUGGAGCUUGGGGUUUGAUAAACGCAGAUCCGUCUACUGGAGAUCCAAAUGAAACAGAAAUGGAUUCAAUUUUAAUUCUUACUAAAGAUUCGUAUUUCAUUGCUGAUUACGACGAUCAGUUCGAUAAAGUUACUAAAUACCAAAGAGUUUACCUUCAAGAUCUGACACUGUUCGAAUUUGGGAUGGCGGAGUCUACAAAUUCGUUGUUUAAAUCGUCUAAGCCUAAAUACUGCAUAAGGCUCAAUUAUAAAGUUAAUAACGUCAGCGGAUAUUAUCACAUGUUCCGAUCUACAAAUUUAAGGUUUUUUAAUAAUAUGGCUGUGGUUAUCAAAAACAUAGAUGAAGAAGUUGAAUCUUUAAAAGCAAUUUGUGAAGCUUUUGUUGUGGCAAUGGAUAUUGCCGGCAUUUCUCCAGUUCCCUUCAAGCAAGGCCUAGCCCUGGACAGAAGGAAGUCGAAAGUAAUCAAUAGUGGUACAUCUACUACUAGUAGUAUUUAUUUAGAUAUUGCUUCAUUGCCACAGAUGACUCGCAAUGUUUCCGAAAGUCAAUUAUUGUCUUUGAAAAAUGUUGGAACUAAAGCUUUAUCAAACAUGACCCAGCAGUUUUCGAAGCUAAACAAAAUUAGUCAUUCCUUUAAACAGAAUAAAUCAAUGCAAAAACCCAACUUUUCCAUUGGACAACAGAGGAAAAAUGAGUCAUCCAGCGAUUCGGACGAAGAUUAUGAAAAUUCCAUCUUCCAGCCUAAUGAAUCCAUUCAAGACAGAACCUCCUUGCAGUAUGCUACUGACUCCAGUUGCGACCGAAGCAACAAUUCUAUAGAACAGGGCCUCGAAGUAACGGAGGAUUCAUUUAUACCACCUACAAAUAAAGACACUUUUUUACCGGGCGUGGGAAUUGUUAUGGGCAACAAAAAUGAAAUCCACGACAUUGAGGGUGUACUGGAACAAAAACAAAAUCUACUCAGCAGAGUAGAUUCGUCACAAAUGGACGACGUUCAACUCUCAAGUAUAAUGCAAAACGUUUCGAUCAACGGUGGUAAAAACUCGAACCCCGAAAUACAAAUAAACUCCGACGAGUUGGACGUAUCCAAGAAAAUUCCACCAAACACUCUAAAGUUGGAAAAGAAAUUCAGUCAUUCGUCUGGAAACGUUAACGAUUCAAAAGAUGCUUCAGAGUUCAGGCCUUCCGACACAAAAUUAGAACGAUCGAGUUCCGACUAUGAGGUACAGUUGAACAUAUCGCAAUCUCAAAGUGAAUCUGCUUUAAAAAGUAAGCUCGGUGGUAUCGGCACUCCUGUAGCAAGUGCCACGAAGGACCUAGUUCUAUCGCCAUUUAGUAAACUGGCGAAGGGAAUGCAACAGUUCGGCGUCAAUUUGGAUCCGAGGAAGUUAAGUGGACACACUCAGGUCAGACAUGUCACCGAGAGGGAAAUGGAGGAACACAGGAAGUUGCAGGAAAGGUGGCAAAACAGUAAAACUAGAUUAAUAGCUUUAUAAGUUGCAUUGGCUAUUUUUAGUGCAAGUAGUGAUAUUUAUAAUUAAUUUAUUUUAUAACUUGUUAAGAUUUAUUUAUUUCUGUUCUCGUUUGUCUCUAUUGUGUAUUAAAAUGGACAGUUUCCAUUUUAAUUCAAGGUAACAAAGUUGAAUAUUACACUAGUUAUCUUAAUUAGGUAUGUGCACAUCAGUUGUGGUUGGUGUCAGUUUAAGUGGUCAUGUUUUGUUAAAAAAGAGUGGAGUCCCCAUUUGGGGGAUGAUUCAUAUACCAGGGAAAUUUUUUUUGAUAAAAUUUGCAAAAUAAAAGAUUAAAAUAGGGAUUGGAU